GUCAAGCGCUUUGUACCACCUCGAGCCAUUUCUGGACGAAUUUAACGUAUUGCGCGUCAGUGGGCGAAUAGAAGCAGCAGAGUAUGUGCCAUAUGAUACGCGGUUCCCAAUCAUUUUGCCGAGAAAACAUCCGAUUACGGAACGUGUAAUUGAACAUUAUCAUCAGCGCUAUGGCCACUGCUACAGGGAGACGGUCGUAAAUGAACUUCGCCAACGGUUCCACAUUUCAACAAUACGAGCAUCCGUGUCUGGAGUAAUGAAGCGAUGUCAGGAGUGCAAGAUCCGAAAGUGCAAACCCAUAAUACCCAAAAUGGCCCCGCUACCGGUCGAGCGACUUACACCGUAUUGUAAACCUUUCAGCUACGUUGGCUUAGAUUACUUCGGACCGAUAGACGUCACGGUUGGAAGACGAGUGGAGAAACGCUGGGUGGCGCUUUUCACGUGCCUUAUCACGCGUGCAAUCCACCUGGAGGUGGCACACCGUCUAAAUAGUGAUUCAUGCAUCAUGGCUAUUCGACGGUUUGUACUGCGAAGAGGACCACCGAUCACUAUCUUCUCGGAUAAUGGCACUAAUUUCAAGGCAGCAAAUAAGGAACUAAAAGAGCAGAUCAGCCGUAUUGACACUACAUGUGCAAACGUGUUCACGAACGCCCGCACCCGCUGGAGUUUCAAUCCACCCUCCGCCCCGCAUAUGGGGGGCAUAUGGGAACGCAUGGUACGCUCCGCAAAAUCAACUAUGCAAGCGCUGAACGCGGAUCAUCGGAUGAAUGAUGAGAUUUUGCUUACCGUGAUCGCAGAAACCGAAGAGAUCAUCAACUCCAGACCGCUGGUGUAUAUGCCAGAAGAAUCGCCCCAUUCUGAAGCCCUCACGCCGAACCAUUUCAUCCGAGGCAGAUCAUCCGGUUUACAAAAUCUAGCCAUCGUACCAACUGACCUAGCAGAUGCCCUUCGUAGCACUUACAAGCGUUCGCAGUACGUGUCGGAUGACCUAUGGAAGCGAUGGAUAAAAGAGUACCUACCUUCGCUGAACCUACGAACCAAAUGGUUGGAAGAGAGCAAGCCUUUGGAACCUGGAAGGCUAGUCUUCAUAGUUGAUGAUAAUGGCCGAAACGGAUGGGUACGUGGUGUAGUGGUGAAGGUUUUCCCCGGCAAGGAUGGGCGAAUAAGGCAAGCUACGGUACGCACAGCACACGGAGAGUAUCGGCGACCAGUGGCGAAAUUGGCGCUCAUUGAGAUGGAGUCUUCGGGUAAAUCUGACCAGAAAGCUGGUUCUGGACAAGGUUUACGGGAGGGGGAACUGUUGGAAACACUGGACUCCGACGACGGUGCUGGCGAACCCAGCGUGAGAAGAAACCUUGCUAGUGUGAAAGAUUAGAGAGAAGACAGGUAGUUUGAAGAAGUAGAAGUAGAAAAUGAAUAGAAGGAAAAGGACGCUAUUAGCACGUGAAAUAUUAAAUUAACUUAAAUCUAGAUUUCGGAAACUUUAUUUCCUUUUGUAGAACAACAAAUCUAGCUAGACAGUACCAUCAGCACAGUUUGCUACGUUGAGGAUCGGUAGUGCGGGUGGACCAAAAAACUAUAAUUUGUAACUAUGAUUACUGAAAUCUUUACUCAAACCAACUAAUACGAUAUUUGAAUUUGCAGUUGAGCUGAAUUAAACCGAGCUGCUACAAAAAUUGUGUUUAGCCACUCAU